AUGACCCAUAAGGUCGAUUUCAAUAUGAAAGUGGGACCCGUUCGUUAUAAUACUGAACAGAAAGCCACCUUACAUCGUCUAUGGCAGUACCAUCGACUUAGUGAAUAUCAUAGCGGAGCAUCUUGGUAUCUGGAAGCGGUCAUGUCUGUUGUUCCUUACUCUGUGUCUUUGGAACGAACCAAAGCUGUGGAUUUCAGCGAGCCCGUCUACAUCGAUGAGUUGACUAUUGCUUACCAUAAGUAUCAACUUCAGUCAGACAUGGCUGGAUUCAUUAAGCCAUUCACACUGAUAACGUGGCUGUGCAUCUUUGGAAGCCUGCUGAUUAUAACACCAGCCAUGAUCUUCUUAAGGCUAUAUCAACACGAUGACUCUGGGAACCCUAACGCUCGAAAAAUCACAUUAGGUUCCACUGUAUGGCCACUGUGCUGCCUCAUCGAUCAGUCAUCAAUCUGGGAACCACAACACGACCCUUCGCGAGUGGCUGGGUGCUUCUGGGAGCUCAUGGGAUUCAUUCUAUCUUGCGUCUACCGUUCAACCCUCAUGGCCAUGUUAAUAACACCCAAAGUCGAACUGCCAUUCAAUUCACUGGAAGAACUUGCGAAAUCAGACAUUCCGAUAUGGGCACCUAUUGGGAGUCGAUUCCAGGACGGUGUGAAGGGUGCUCUGAAAGGAGAAAAAUUGGCAGCGAUUGGGAAAAACAUGAUUUACUCAAACGACACCAUGGGUGCAGUUGCUGCAUUCAAAGUAGGAAAAUGGGGUUACGCUACAGCCAAACGAACUCUCGUGUAUUAUCUUCAUGAGGAUUUUACAAAGCACGGGCAUUGUACGCAGUACAUAAUGGCCGACGGUGUGUUCAAACCAACUCCCCUAAGCCUCGCCUUUCCCAAAGGAUCAACUUUCAAGCCUACAGUAGACAGGAUAAUCAGAAAUCUGAAAGAGUUUGGGAUCGUUGAGUACCUGUACAAGCAGCGCGCGGUCAAUGCCACUUCUUGUCUGUCUCCACUUAGUUCAGGGUUCGCAGACGAGGCGAGACCUCUUGCUCUCUACAAUUUCUACGGAGUGUUCUCUGUUUACAUGGGAGGCAUGAUCUUGGGCACCGUGGCAUUUCUGGUGGAGAUACUGACGAGGACAAAUUUCUCAUGGAACCUGUGAUAUACAAGUUACAAACACAUUAUUCAUUAGAAGACCGUGAAAUCAUACAGCGAAAUCACUAAAGGUGCUUUAAGUAUCAAAUCUGGACCAUUUGCUGAACAGCGUCAGAUCUGGGAUAGUCGACGUUAUAGCACUGUC